GGUAUGAUCCAGCUCGCAGAAAAUCGAUUCCAAUGGAGCCCUCCUCCCUUUGCCCGGAAGGUUCCACUCACUGCAGAGGGGGUUCUUAUGCAUGUACUUGGAGUCUGAUGUUCAUUAUAACAGAAUUUCAGAGCACAGGACUGUUUACCAGAACGGUGUAGCAUACAUGAGGGGUGGGGUUCAGCUACACUAAAAUCCCUAACACGGGCAGAUAGAGGGAGAGAGAGCGGGAGAAGUGGAGGGAGAGAAAGCACCUGAAGAGGAAUACAACAAGGGAUGAAAGGAGACACCCCAGUUAACAGCACCAUGAGUGUCGGCCAAGCCAGGAAGCUGGUGGAGCAAUUGAAGAUUGAAGCCAGUUUUUGCAGGAUCAAGGUAUCAAAGGCGGCUGCAGACCUGAUGGCAUACUGUGAUACCCACGCCAUUGAGGACCCCCUCAUCACACCUGUGCCCACCUCGGAGAACCCAUUCAGGGAGAAGAAGCUCUUCUGUGCACUCCUUUGAGACAAUCCACAGGAUGGUUGAGAAAAACACUGUCCAGACAAAAAUGUACAUUUACAUAAACGCAAAUACGUAACCAUUAAUAUAUAAGGAGUCAUGAUGAUAGCCUUUCAAAACAAACACACAUCUAAAAUACACCAACAAAGCUAACAGAAUCUUGAAUUGAAGAAAAACAUACAAGUGGAUAUACUGUAAAUACAUUAUGCAACAUUAAAUAGCUCAUAGCCAUAGCUCAUUUCUCAAAUCAACUCAAUAGGCAAGAUGGAUGAUGGAGAGGGGUGACUACACAAAUUGGAACUAUUUGGAACUUUUAAUACACACUUCAUGGUAAAUAUCCAUUGCCUGCCCUAAUCAGCCUUUGUUAAAUAGUUUGUGUGCGAUAGACAGUCCUGGAUGUCACUUUUUUAGCUUUGUUGCAGUAAUGUAGGUGCCAUUGGAUUGGUAAUUAAAUCUUCAUUUAACUAGGCAAGUCAGUUAAGAACAAAUUCUUAUUUACAAUGACGGCCUAGGAACAGUGGGUUAACUGCCUUGUUCAGGGGCAGAACGACAGAUUUUUACCUUGGGGAUUUGAUCUAGCAACCUUUUGGUUACUGGCCCAACGCUCUAAGCACUAGGCUACCUGCCACCCAGUAAGAGGGUAUUAAGAGGACAAGGCAAUACACACUGACCCAAAUAAUUCCACUGCUGUGUACAAGUGGUAAGCUGCCUUAACACAGGAUCAGUGAUCUAAUAAGAGAGGUUCCCAUAAAAUUAUCAAUGAUGAUUUUUUAUUUAACUAGGCAAGUCAGUUAAGAACAAAUUCUUAUUUACAAUGGUGGCCUACAACGGCCAACGCUGGGCCAAUUGUGCGCCGCCCUAUGGGACUCCCAAUCACAGCCGGUUGUGAUACAGCCUGGAUAAAUGAUAAAAGCGGUUUCAUUUGUCAAGUGGGUGCCUAAUAAUAAAGUUAUGCCUUUAUGACAAUGCUAUUAACUAAGAGGUACAUUUCAUAAAUUGUUAUUCAUUUCCAGACCAGUCUUUAAGGUUGCUUAGGAAUAUUAUCACUCUUAAGAUUAGUACUACAAUGUAGACCUUCACUGUUUAUAUUUCUUAAAAAUAAAGAGCUCAGAAUAAAAGGAGAUGUUGCUAAUCAAAGAUUAAAAUAAACACUGUCACCAAAAACAA